AUGGUGAGUUUGCCUUCUGUUUUCACCUCGAAGCGGGGCGCAGGGGUGGGGAGGAGACGAGGGACGACGGUUGAGGCCUCGGACUCAAGCUGGCGCGGGGAGAGCCAACGCGCACGCGCAGCUCGGGGGUGCGGCGCGAGGACCUCUCAGAACCCCGGUUCUGGCUUGCCAGUUCUUAAGGCUUGGCUUCCUUUCAUUGGGUCACUUUUCUGACGUCACUUUUCAGAGGUCAGGCUCUCUGCGCCUUGUCAUGGUACCGUGACGCUGCUUCUUCACAGAGGCAACGCGGUGUAGUGGUUACGGAGCAAGGCAUAUGAGGUUGCCAGCUUUCGAACCGGGCCCUGCAGCUGUUCCCUUAGCAGCAGUUCGAACUGCAGCCAUUAGCAAGUUGGUUGUGUGUUUAAGCCCAUGCCAUAUAAAAAGGUUCUCCUCCUCUUGUGGACUGACUUGAUAAGGUGUUUGAAAAGCAGGGUAUAAAAAAUUAGCAACAGUUUAAUGCAGUGGUUCCCAACCUUUUUUGGGCCAUGCUCCACCUAAGCAUCUCUAAAAUCCUGGUGUCCUCCCACCUUGUGACAUAAAAUUCUUAUUAUUCAAAAAGUGAACUCCUAUUCACGUGGAGGAAGCCUAAAAGUCCAUUAACUGUUAAUAACUCAUUCUCGAAUUGCACCCCUCUUAAAAAUCAAAUUGUACCCCACGUUGGGAACCACAGGUUUAAUGUGUAUCAGAUUUCUACAAAGAGACCCUAGCCUGGACUUGAGGGGACAAUCUUGACAAGGAUACCUGAGUUCAAACUCCUUUUCAGCCACAGAGUUCAGUGGUAGGCCCCUGAACAACUAACAUCUGUUAGGCUAACCAAAUUUAUAGAGAUAUAGUGGAGAUAAAACCACCUCAAAAUUAUCAGAGGCCAAAUGGGUUAGAAAUGUGAUAAAUUUAAAAAAACACCAAAUAAACACUUGGUGCAGGAUGCUGUGAUAAUGAGAGCUUCACUUACUGCAUUCCUGCCUCUUAUAUGGGUCUUAAGGGCACAGGAGGUUUUCCAACCCUGGCUUGUCCCUGCUUGCCAGGGUUAACUGUAUUUAUUCUUAUCUCCUAAGUAAGUGUUACUUUGCAACAGUGUGUAACAUUGGUGAAACAACUUUCCUUAUAAUAAAGGGCAACGUUCAGAAAUCAAGCUCAUUUUGGGGAAUGUGAUUGAAGAAAUGGAAAGUUUCAGUAAUUAAGAGAUUGACAACGAUUUGUGCUAUUGCUUUUUUAUUUGCAGGGGACAAUACACUUAUUUCGCAAAUCACAGAGGUCUCUGCUUGGCAAGUUAACACAGGAAUUUAGAUCAGUAGCUGCUGAUCGAAGGGUAAAGUUUUCUUUUACAGUACAGACACUAAAACUCUAGUUACAUGUCUUCUCAGAGAAAUAUACCUCUUUGCUUGCUGUAACAGAAACUUGAUUACAAUAAAUAUUUGUUUUUUAAUAGAAGAUAUGACAUCAAUGAAUGAUUUAGGAAGAGGGACAUACUGCCAGGUUGUUUCAGACAAUGUUUAUGCUGCAAUUGUCUGUCUUUAUUUGCUCUUGUUUGCUUUUAAUUUGUUGUGUGAUUUUGUACUACUUUCUGAACUGAUGAGAGUCUCCUUGCUGUCUGUGAUUUUAUGAAGUUAGGGAUGAAUACACUGGCUGUAUACUCCUCCCUCACCCAUCUCCUCCUCCUCUCCUGGUUUAUUUUCAUGGCUAGUUACCCCUAGUUCCUCAGUUUAGUAAUUUUGUCUUAAUGUAAGCUAGGAUCUUUGCGCUGAAAGUGGCACACCAGAGGAGGGAGGAGCACACUUCAUAAAUCGUUUUUGAGGCUUUGAAUGACCAUCUGAAUGAAGUGUGGAUACAGCUGUCUAGAACAGGUGUGGGGAACUUUUAGCUUACCAGAUGUUGCUGAACUACAGCUCCCAUCAGCCCCAACAAGCAUGGCCACUGGCCAAGGAUAAUGGGAGCUGUAGUUUAGCAACAGCUGGAAGGCCAAACAUUCCUCACAUGUGGUCUAGACUAGCAGUGGUUCACAAUUAGCUAAGUACUGUGGAUCCCCUGUUUUUCAAAAUCCAAGCAAUGGAGACCCUACUUUUGAAAAUUCAGAUAUCUCUACAGUUUUUUUUGUUAUGUGAAUGGUGCCAAGGACCCCCUGGGUGGGUUACACAGAUCCGGGGGGGGGGGUCCAUGGACCACCAAUUGGGAACCAUUGGUCUAGAGUAUGCUUUGCUGCUGUCUCUUGAGAUCAGCAAGAGUGUUAAAGCUAAUGGUGGCAUAAAAUGCUCAUUCAAAAUGGUGUGAGUGUGUUGCAGGAUUGUAAAGUUUUUUAUGACAAAUAAGCUUUCUUGCAAUUCCCUUGUUAAGUAGUCACUUUACCUAUUGUCAUUUACAGUCAUGGAAGAUCUUGUUGUUUGGUGCGAUAAACAUAGUAUGUACUGGCUUCCUCCUUAUGUGGUGCAGUUCAACAAACAGCAUAGGUAUGUUUAUGUUAUUGCAUUUAAAUGCUUCUGCAUAGUAAACUGAUAAUAGGAUUAAUAUAAAGAAGCAGAAUCCUCUAUGUGUAACAGAAUUAAGCAGUCUAUAUUACAAUUAGAAGAGUUGUAGAUCUGUGAGCAUCUUGUGAUAUCUAACUGUGUCUAUCUUGUACUUCUUCCAAAAUGUAUUUUAAAUGGUUUGAGCAUUCUUCUUGUUCCUCCCCUGGAGUAUUCUUGAGGCAGGGCCUAUUAAGAAUAAUCCUACAGUCUGUAAGCCUUUGUCUGGAUCUGCAGUUUAUUGCCAGGUCGGUACCAGAUGAAUGCUCCUUGAUCACAUUAGCACUGUUAGUUCUUAAAGUACUUAGAAAUCUGUGGAGCUAGCUACUUUUGUGCCUUUAAUACUGUCCAGAUUGAAGAGGGGCACAUUUUCCCACAUUGCAAAUAUGCAUGGAUCACGGAUAUAAUGACUGCUUCUUGUGAGUGGAGCUGAUCAUGACCAUGUGCACUUUUUUGCCUUGGUUGUCAUUUUCAUUCUUGCUUAGGUUUUGCAAAAGCAUGCCCUUCUUGGGUUAUGUGGCUUGUGCAGUUAUGUAGAGUUUUUUAAUUUUAUUUUUAAAGUUAAAUCUGUGGCUCUGGUGAGUGGGUAAGAUAAUUCUGACAUGUAUGGUGCUCCUUUGCACCUAGUGCCUUCCUUGUUUCCUGGCAACCAGACCCCUCAUCUUGCUCUAGGCCAGGGAUGGGGAACCAGUGGCCUUUCAGAUGUUGGUAGACUAAAACGCUUGUGGGCCUGGGCCACGCAGUUUUCAGGCUGAUGGGAGCUCAGUGAUACAGCAGAUACUUUGCAUGCAAAAGGCUCCAGCUUCAAACAGAGAGAUUCAUGUCUGAAACCUUGGAGAGCUACUGCCCAUCAGUGUAGACGGUACUAAGCUAGAUGGACCAAUGGUCUGACUUCGUAUAAGGCAGCUUUGUCCCUAACAUGUGGAGGGCUAGAGGUUCCCUAUCCAUGCUCUAGGCAUUGACUUGAAGGACAGGAGUGGAGUAGAUCAGGCUUCCCUGAACUUUAUGGGUCUAGGAGCACAUCAGAAAAUUUAAGAAACUGUUGUGGGCACUAGGGCUAGGUGCUAUAUUAAUAUAUCGUCCAAAACUGAUUUGAAGUCCAUAUUGUGAUAUUGGUUUCAUAAUUUUUGACAUGGCCUGCCAAUAUAUUGUGAAUCAUGAUGUGUGAAUGUGCUGUGCAAAAAUCGCAAUGCUUCUCUCAAUUCCUGCAGUCCCUGUUAACACUGCCAGCUCAGCUCUUUCCUACUUCCUGCAGGGGGCAGCAGAUCACAAGAGCAGACGCUGGCAGAAAUCACGAUGUGAGAAAAGUGAAGCCAGCCAAUACCUCUACAUUGCUCCAUCCUUAUUCCAGACAUUGUGAUAUAUCAGUAUAUCACAGUGUUUAGCUGGUGAUGGUGUUGAAAACCAGAUAUCGCCCAGCCCUAGUGGGCACCACAAUACAGCCAUUUCAUAGAUGAAAAACUGGUGAUACUCAGAACAUCCCUAAACAUGCAGUACUCUGAAACAAAGAACAGGCAAAAGAAAGAAAGAAAGAGGAACCCUGCCCAAAUAGGUAGCCCCUCCCACCAAACAAUCCCCACAAAUUAAAAUCAGACAUUAAAAAAAUGAGCAAUUUUUCUGAGGGCACCAUGGUGCCCAUGGGCUCUUCAUUGAGACUUCAGGAGCAGCUGCUUACAGCUUUAGCUGCUGCUUGUCUUCCAGCUGCAGUGGAGCAGUCCCAGAAUCUUAGCACUUAUAAUUCCCUUGAGCUGUAUUGCAACCCACGGUUUGACUACUGAGCAUAUGAGCAUAAAACAUAGGCAACCAGUAGUCGUGAUGCAAUAUUUGGAGGGUCACAGUUUCCCCACCACUAUUGUAAAAUGUGUCUUGUAUCUUUAGAAGAUGUGGGUGUAUGUAGGUAAUGGUACGAAGCGUUUAAUCCUUGCAGGCAAUAUUUUGCAAGCAGGAGAACUUGAAGCUUCUUUACUAUGUAUUCAUUCUUUAUUGUGUAUUUAUGUGUAAGUAAAGUAUAAACCUUCUUUCCACAGCUUUAACUGCAUAUACCUACCUAACUAUCUUUGAUCUUUUCAGGUAUGUUUUACUUUUUAAAAAUCCUCAUCUCAUUUUGUAACACUUCCAUAUAACGUAUGUGACAUUUUCUUUGUACUAUUAUCUAAAACCAGUGUUAGUCAUACCUAUGGUAGACCCAUGGAAAUUAAUGGGCAUGACUAAUUGGGUCCAUCAAUUUCAGUGGGUCUAAUCCAAGUACAAUGUACCAGGAACUAAGACCCGUUGAACAUAACAGAGCUUAUUGCUCUGUCUUUCUGUAUGCAUUUGCACUGCCAAAGCAACUUUAUUUUAAUGAAUUAUUGGAAACUGAGUUUUUAUUAGCUAGAUUUUGCUUAUUUGAAUUUACAUUGUUUUCUUUUAAUAUAGUUUAAUAACAUGCUUGAUAAGUUAUUGGGUAAUGAUGAAGAAGCCCAGCCCAGCUUAUUCAUUUGGGUAAGUGAUAUGCUGAUAUUUCAUGUCUCCUGAAAAUAUUUGUUCUAAAGUAUGUGAUAAACAUGUAAGGGGUUUUUAAAUUAAAAAAUGUAUCAAAGUCUGUCUAUGAAAAUGUGCAAAACUUGUACAAUUGGCCAUAUUUAUAUAAAGAAGUUUGGAACUUGCAUGCAAAAAUGGUAUUCUGUGUAAGAUUUCAUUCUAGCCUUGUUUUUGCCUGAUACCAGCAUAUAUAUUCGCUUCAGGUGCUAGACCUUUAAUGCAGGGAAUGCCAACUUAUGCACCUAUAGGUCAGAUCAGCAUCUGUCCCCUGCCCUGCACCAUUUUAUUUGGUCCCUGAAGGCCUUACACCAUUUUAACCAAUCUAUGAGAAAAUAGUUUCCUCACAGUUUAUUGUACAGGACAAAUAAUUUAGCUUUGCAAGCAAGUCCCUCUGAAUGUGCUGAGAGUUUUCUUCCUGAUCAGAAUACUUGUCUGCCUAUAUUGAUUUUAAAAUGUUUGACCUCUCAAAUUUCAGGUUUGAGAGAUUUGAAGUCCUAGCAGUAUUUGCUUCCACGGUUCUAGCACAACUUGGGGCGCUCUUUAUACUCAAAGAAAGGUAGGAAUAUUGCUUGCACUUAUGACUGAUAUGUAACAAGAGGAACUAAAUAAUGCUAGAAGUCAAUUUUAAUUUUUGACACAAUAGUCCUCAGCUUGCUGCUUUGCGCUGGUGUACAUACAUCUGAUGUGUGACUAAGGCUGUAAUCCUUUGGUCCUUGGGAUUUUGUGAAUCUCCCUCUCCAUAGGCAGAGAAAGGGGUGCAUCUUUGGAGACGGAGGUCCAACCAUGGGGGCCUCCCUGCAGCAGCAAAAUCCAAUGGCAGAGAGGGGUUCUUGGGACAGAUUGAGGAAGGCAUUGGAUCUGCUUGGUCCAAAACCCUCCUAGUCCUCUAACCCUGUCCUGGAACGAGGCAAGCGGGGGUUGGGGGGAAGUGAACAGGCCCUGGGGCUGGUAUAUGUAUUUGUGUGUGUGUGUUAUUUAAAAGGAGAACCUCCAAAGGGGAGCAAAAAAAGAAAGAUGGCCAAUCCCUCAUCUUCUACCCUGCUGGCAUGAGCUCCGAGGGAUUUGGAUCCGCUAUGCCUCCUGUUCCACCAGUAGGAUUGCUUUGUAACAGACGUCUUGAAAGAACAGUUAACUGUAAAACUAUUAUUAUUGUGUCUUAUAGUGCUGAACGAUUUCUGGAACAACCAGAGAUUCACACGUAAGUGCUUUUAAUAUGCAAAAGUAUUGAAUUAAAUUUUACAGGGAUAAAGGGGCAUGGCUAAUACAGUAUUAAUUAGCCACAUUACUACAUUGUUAAACGCAGAACAAUAAAGUUUACGCUGACAUGAUAUUGAGGCCAUUGGCAAAAUUCCUUUUGAAUUUAAUGUCUCUCAAUUGUAUUUGUAGUUAUAGAUUAACUCAUGGUUGUGGGGCAAGAUAUUUUAAAAAAAGAUGUUCAUAUGUUUGCUGCUGGGAUGUAACACUUAUUGAUAAAUAUUGUAGAGCAGAACUGUAAUUCUACUGUAUACAUUGGAAUAAGAUUAAAGAAAUACAGUGGUGCCCCGCAAGACGAAAAACUCGCAAGACGAAAAACUUGCUAGACGAAAGGGUUUUGCGCUUUUUGAGCUGCUUCGCAAGACGAAUUUCCCUAUGGGCUUGCUUUGCAAGACGAAAACGUCUUGCAAGUUUGUUUCCUUUUUCUUAACACCAUUAAUACAGUUGCGACUUGACUUCAAGGAGCAACUCAUAGAACGCGGUGUGGUAGCCUUUUUUGAGGUUUUUAAAGACUUUGGUGAUUUUUGAAGCUUUUCCAAAACUUCUUUUGCAGCCAUUUGGUAAGUUAAACUUUAAAACUUUUUUGGGGGUUUUUGGAUUUUGGGUUGGGGUGUUUGGAAUUCAAGGACUUGGUGUUGGGUAGGGGUUUGCAAGAAUCUGGAAGCUUGUGUGUUUUUUUCUGCAUUUUUAUGAUUUUUGUGACCAUUGGGCCACUCUGCUGUUUUUUUAAAAAAAUUCCGGAUUUGAAUUUCUGUGUGGUGGGUGGCUGGGGGAACAGUUGAGGAGGGGUUUGCAAGAAUCUGGAAGCUUGUGUGGUUUUUUCCUGAAUUUUUGAUUUUCUGUGACCAUUGGGCCACUCUGCUGUUUUUUAAAAAAAUUUUCUGGAUUUGAAUUUCUGUGUGGUGGGUGGCUGGGGGAACAGUUGAGGAGGGGUUUGCAAGAAUCUGGAAGCUUGUGUGGUUUUUUUCUGCAUUUUUAUGAUUUUCUGUGACCAUUGGGCCACUCUCCUGUUUUUUAAAAAAAAUUCUGGAUUUGAAUUUCUGUGUGGUGGGUGUGACUUUAAAGAGCACUUAAUAAACUCUUGUUGUACCAAAUUUGGCUUUGUUUGGACUUUUUUUGACCAUAGGAACGCAUUAAUUGAAUUUCAAUGCAUUCCUAUGGGAUUUCGUGCUUCACAAGACAAAAAAUUCGCUAGACGAAAAAACUCGCGGGACGAAUUAAUUUCGUCUUGCGAGGCACCACUGUAAGUUUUCUAUUUCAAUAAAAGCUGAUUAAAUGUAGCUAAAUGAAGAAGAAAAAUGGGAUGAUACACAGGUUAGUAAAUAAAAUAACUGGCUAACGUAACUAGUACUUGGUGGAAUAUUAUGAUAGUCAAUGGCAUUAAAAUUGAUUUCUUCUUUUUAGGGGUCGAUUGUUGGUUGGUACCUUUGUGGCACUCUCCUUCAACCUGUUUACAAUGCUUUCUAUUAGGAAUAAACCUUUUGCUUAUGUCUCUGAAGGUACGUAAUGAAUACAUGUGUUAAAACUAAUGGAUUUGGAGAUCUGAGUUACUUACAACAAAAACAAUAUUACUUUCUGGCUAGCCACUAUUUUUGACUGCCGCCAAGCCCCUCCUCUCCCCCAAAUCUUCUUGUAUGCCUAGAGGGCUUGGGAGAAAUGGGUGGUGUUUUCUCAUUUGCAGUGGAGAAGAAACAUGCUCUCCAAAUUGUACUGCCAAUGAGAACUCUUUGCUGAGUGAUGCUACUUGCCAGAGAGCCUGGGGCAAUUCUUCCUGACAAAUGUACUUGUGGAUGCCUCUGAGUAACAGUUGUUUACAUCUAGAUGAUGCUUUAUCUAAAAAACAGUUAUGGAAGGGGUGUAAAUCUUAAGUUGAUGAGGCUUGCUUAUGCACAUGCCAGAGGCUGAUUUAGGACAGAGCCUCCCGCACAGGUUGCUGAGCCAAGGGGGCACCUUUGUGCCUCCUCAAGGCCUAGUAAGGACCUGAUUUGGGAAGAAAGUCUGAGGGCUCUGACAGGGUCCUAGAGUCCUCCCACCUCCUUCCCAAAGUCUAGUUAGCACUUGCCCAGCUUUGAGAAGGAGUCGUAAGGACUCUAGGACCCUUUCAGAGUCUUCGCGCCUCUUUCCCAAAGCCCAGCACCUCCCUUACCUGGCUUUGGGAAGGUCGCAGGAGGGCUGUGGGGAGGGCAGCAAAUUUUGGCCUCCCCACAGUGCCAUAUUAUCAAGGUCUACACCUGCAAAUGCCUUUUAUCAAAACGUUUUAAAUGUCAAUAAGCUUAAGUGUUCAGUUUCAUAUAUAUACUUGUCAAGCUAUUGUAUUUUUUUCUGAUCUUUUUAUUCACUGGACUUUGGUUACUGUUGCUGGGGGAAAUGUUUUAUUGGAUUUUCUCUUUUUUUGGGGGGGUAUAGGAUGAUUUUAACUUUUGCAUUGUUCAUUUUGUCAUUUUGCAUUUUUUAUUUCUGUAAGGCAUGUUGGAUUUCCCAGAAAGGUAGCCUAGAAAUAUUUUAAAAUACUGUUUUAAGAAACACCUGCCACUGAACCCUGACUCACACCUGUGCAAACCAAUCUUACAAUAUCAGAAUACUAUUAUUAAAGUAAUGAUGGUAAAGAACACUGUAGCUAUGCUGGCACAAUAAGUGAGUUGACCUGGAACAAUAAAACAUAUAUCCAGACUUAUUAUUUUCCUGCAGGCCUGACAUAGAAUUGCACUUGCAGUUUUCAAAAAUAAGUUUCUGUGUGUUUUAGUGACUGACAUGCUAUCAUAAGUAUUCUAAUAAUAAUAUUUGCUAUGGUGGGGUUUUUUUUGUAGCUGCAAGUACAAGUUGGCUUCAGGAACAUGUUGCAGAUCUCAGUAGGAGGUAAGUUAAAAGGAUGAUAUGGUAACAGAAUCAUGGAGCCAUAGAAUUAUACAGUUGGAAGGGAUCCUGAGGAUCAUCUAGUCCAACUCCCUGCUGUGCAGGAAUUUCAACUAAAGCAUCCAUGACAGUUAGCCAUCCAACCUCUGCUUAAAAACCUCCAAGGAAGGAGAGUCCACUACCUUCCAAGGGAGACUGUUCCACUGUCGAACAGCUGUUACUGUCAGAAAGUGCUUCCUAAUGUUUAGUCAGAAUCUCCUUUCUUGUAACUUGAAUCCAGUGGUCGAAAUCCAACCAUCUAGAGCAGGAGAAAAGCUUCCUCCAUCUUCCAUGUAACAGCCCUUUAAAUAUUUGAAGAUUGCUAUCAUAUCUCAUCUCAGUCUCUUCUUAUCCAAGCUGAACAUACCCAACUCCCUCAACUGUUUCUCAUAAGACUUGGUUUCCAGAUUCUUGAUCAUCUUGGUUGCCCUCCUUUGCACAUGUUCCAGCUUGUCAAUAUCCCUCUUAAAUUGUGGUGCCCAGAACUGGACACAGUACUCCAUAUGUGAUCUGCCCAAGGCAGAAUAGAGUGGUAGUUUUACUUUCCUUGAUCUGGACACUAUAUUUCCAUUGAUGCAGCCUAGAACAGCAUUGCCUUUUUUCUUUUCUUUUUUUGCUGCUGCAAAAAUAAGAUGUUACAGAUCAGCAGCUGGCAGCCCUUGGACUAAAUCUUCCCAUGCUUGUUGCCAGUGAAUGGCAACGUUUAUAUAGAAGGAAUAGUGGGUUUGGCCAUGGGCCUUGCUGGUCAUGCAGUUUGACAAGACCAAGGACUGCCUCUGACCUGCACCCUCUUCCCCCUAUGAAAAUGGCCUCCCUGUAAGAUGAGUUACUGAGCAGAGAUAAACAGAAUUUAGAAGACAAGGUACAUAGUUCCUGCAUUUCCCCAAAGUAUUCAAUUGUGGUGGUCUGUGUUUGCUCUCAUUUGGUGUAAUGGUUUAGAAACCUGACAUCCUUGUUAAACCAACUGUCCUAUGCUUCCAUCUGGUCUUGGGAAAAGUCCUGGAAAAUGUUUCUAGAAAAUGUCACAAUAAUAUGAAAGUGUUUUGAAUUUGCUAGGUUGAUACUUGAUGGCAUCUGUCUCUGCUCUGGUUAACAUUGUGAAACACCUCCCUCUUUAUGAGUGAGUGUAGGAUCAAGCAGAGUUUGAAUUCCCCAAUAACCUUUGUAUCCUGUCCGUCAUCAGAUCAUAUGGUGGCUGGUGAUGGCCUUCAUGUUAAGUUUCUUAAAAUACAUAUAUGAAAAAGCAAGAUGAUUCCCCAUGUCCACUUUUGCAUAAAAAGCUGCAUUAUACCAAAUCAGACUAUUUCUCUGCCUAAUCCAUUCUGUCAACACUUGAUGAGUAGCAGCUUUCCAGGGUUUCAGGCAGAAUUCUGUUUCCCAGCAUGUGCCACCUGAUCCUCUUAACUGAUGAAUGAUGCCAGGGAUUGAAUUGAGAACCAUCUGAAUGCAAAGUGUGUGCUCUGCCACUAAAUAAAUAAGUUAUAGUUGGAGAGGCCGUCAUGUCAUUUCAAUAGCUAAAACCUUUUGUGAAACUGGGCACCAUCAGUUAGAGCUGGGAGGAAAUAUGUGUAACUAAAAUUGAAGAGCUUUUUCCUUGAUUUUAUUUCAGCAUUUAGGUACCCUCCUGUCCCUUGUAUCAUUUCCCUCAGCAAUAAGGCUCACACCUGGGUCAAGUAGAGUUCCCUGUCUGCAGAGGGCUGCCAUAAGAGCCAUCACUUACCUAUAAAUUGCAUGUGUAGCUGUUUAACUGGAUGUUUCCACUACUGAUCCAUCUUAUUCCCCGCUCUCUUUUAGUUUGUGUGGGAUCAUUCCUGGGCUGAGCAGCAUCUUUCUUCCACGCAUGAACCCUUUCAUCUUGAUCGACCUUGCGGGGGCUUUAGCUCUUUGCAUUACAUACAUGCUAAUCGAAAUUAAGUAAGUACUCAUGAAUUUAAAAAAGACAUUCAUAGAUACCAAAGGCUGAAAAACAGGUGUGCCUGCUAACGUUACCCUUGUUUCUUUCAGUAAUUAUUUUGCAGUAGAUACUGCCUCUGCUCUAGCCAUUGCCUUGAUGACGUUUGGUACCAUGUAUCCCAUGAGCGUCUACAGUGGGAAGGUAUUGCUUCAGGUGAGCCAAUGAGAGAAGUGACUUUGUGAUAGCAUCUUUCAGUAUAGCCAAGGUUGGCAUCACCCAUUUAAUUUUAAAAAACCACACACAGCCUCUUGCUUUAUGAAAUGUUAAAAAAUGUUCCAUAUUACACCUAAUAUGCAGGAUUUGCAACAGCUGCCUAUAUGAUACUGUACCCAAUUUAAGAUGCUACUGUUGGUAUAUAAAGCCUAGAAUGACUUGGAACGUGGAUAACUGAUGGAGCACCUCUCCCCAUAUCAACCAGCCUACACUUUGAGAUAGUUGAGGGGGCCUCCUUCAUGGUUCCAGUGCUGAGUGUGCUCUGUCAUGCUGGGAUGCAAGACAAGCACUUCUUGGUCAUUGUGCCACAACUCUAGAAUUCCAUCCCCCUGGGAGUGUGGCUGGCAUAAUCACUGGUGGCUUUCCACCAUAUAGUUAAAAACAGAGCUUUUCUAGGUCUUUAGAGGAUCUGAUUAGUUCUGAAUUUGAGUGCUCUACUGCUGUAAUCUUUUAUUUGUUUUACUUGCAUUUUGUCUUCAUGAUUGUAUUUUUUAAGACUGUGGGGUAGUGUUAUGGGACCAUCUGGUGGAAAGCAGUUUCCAAAUUUUGCAAUGAAAUAAAUGUAAAUUUUAAAAUAUUUCAUUGAAGUGUAAACAAAGUCCUACAGGGGCAGAAAAAGGCCUGAUGAGAACUGAGCAUGCUCAAGUCCCCCAACAACCACAGAAUGAUGCAUGUCAGUCAGGAAAGAAAACCUGGAGGUGUGGGUGGGGAGGGUUACGGAAUGGAGUAUCCUGGGAGGAGAACAUGGCUAGUUUGCUAGAACCUUGAGCAAGAACGCCCCUAUUAAGAUGUGAAACACAGUGUCGUUUUUUAGAGUUCCACUUUAGAGUCCAUAGUGUAUCCUCAGCAGAAGCUGCUUUCUGGGUGUAGGGGAUCUGCUAUGCUAACUUCCUGGCAUGUGGGCUGCUAUUCCCAUAGCAGCUCCACUCCAUGUAGUGAGCCACUUUUAUUGUCUUUAUAUUGUUGAGUCAUUUAAGAACUAUGGGGGGAAACCCUCUUUGGCAGUUUUUAAAAGUAAUAGUGUUUUUUGUUUUUUCAGACAACGCCACCUCAUGUGAUUGGACAGCUUGAUAAACUUAUAAGAGAAGUAAGUUAGUUUAAAAUGUUACAUUGGUAUACAGUGGCCAGGGCCACCCUUGCCCCAGAGCAUGCACAAUAUAUAUAUUUUAUGGGUUGUGUAGCCAAGGGAGAGGAGGCAAUAUUUCCUUAUUUUCUAAUACUGGUGUUUCAGUUUUCAGGAUCAAUGAAAUAUUGUGCUUUUUGUAAGAAUUUGGUAAACAGCAUCUCCCAUUAAUUUUCCAACGAUCCCUUUGUUCACAUUUUAAGUUUGGAUACUAUAGAAGCUAUAUAUACACAUUUUUUUAAAAAAAAGAACAUUGUUAAUACUUUACUAAUAAAUUAAUAUAUAAAUAUAGAAUGUUCAGAUCAGUCUUAUGAGAUGUAUCUGAUGCUGUCUUGUGUUCCAAGUGGAGUAGCCUUUUGAAGAAUGCAGUUGGUGGAAGUGUAAAUAGGCUUACAUCUUGAUCUUCUGCAUGUUUACAUAGAAAGCACAUUGAUUUCAGGGAGGCUGGACUCCAAGUGAGCUUUUCUAUUAACACAACCCUUGGGGCUUUAUGAAUAAGCUGUCAGAAACAUUAGCAUUUUAAUACUAAUAUUGUGAUUCAUUGUGUGUCUUCAAUUAGGUUUCUACAUUGGAUGGUGUCUUAGAAGUACGAAAUGAACAUUUUUGGACAUUGGGAUUUGGUUCUCUGGUAUGUAUCCCCACACCUGACUUUAUUUUAUUUUUUUCAAAACAAAGCAUGUCACUCUUUUUAAUAACAUCACUCGAAGAUUGUUUCUCUCCUGCACAGUUUGUUUGCUUCAAGUGCAGGGGAGCGAUGAGCUUAUUCUUCAUUUGCUUUCUAGGCUGGAUCAGUACACGUGAGAAUUCGAAGAGAUGCUAAUGAACAAAUGGUACUUGCUCACGUGACCAAUCGGUUGUAUACGCUAGUGUCUACGUUGACUGUUCAGAUUUUCAAAGAUGACUGGAUUAGGCCAACCUUGACCUCUGGAACUAUUGCAAACAAUAUGCUGAAUCUUUCAGAUCAUCACAUCAUUCCAAUGCCACCUCUAAAAAUGGCAGAAAACUCUAACGUAGCUACAUCUACUCCAGCUAAAGCAAGUAGUCCACCUCCAGAAUUCUCCUUUAACACACCAGGCAAAAAUAUGAAUCCAGUCAUUCUCGUGAAUACUCAGACAAGGCCCUACAGACUAGGCUUCAACCGCGGAACUGUACCUUACAGCAGUGUCUUCACACAAGGAUUUGGAGUCCCAGGAAUAGGGGCAACCCAGGGAUUCAGGACUGGUUUAAUAAAUGCUCCCCACAGAUAUGGAACUGGCACUCAAGGUCAGCCCAGGCCACAAUAA